CACGGGCCGCACUGUACAUAGACAGCUGGCUGUGCACGCGCGCUCUCACUUCCAGCUGGGAUUAUCUUCGCGAAGGGUGAUUGAUCGUCCGGCAGGUAACACGGGGACAGCCCACUGACAGUCUGAUAAGGGCUCUCUGCUCUCACUCACUGUGCUACCUGGGCCAGGUGAUGGUUUAAUCAAUUGGGGAUGGGGGAACCAGUGUCUGUCCUGGGCCUCCUCCACCUACUAGUGGCGUGUGUGUGCAAUGCCAGGCCCUGGUAUGUCAGCUCCCACUAUGCUCAGCCAGUAAUUACUUAAAUCAUGAAAGCACAGCUGGGGAUUGCCACAAAGGCUGGCUGUUAUUUUAAUUAAUCCAAAAUGUAAACACUGGUAGAAGUGCAGGGCUGGCCCAAAUUUAAUUACAACUCCUUUAAUUCCUAGCCAGCCAUCAGGCCAUGCAAUGUACUGGCACUGCAAUUCUGUGUUCAGGCAGUGAGGGGCCUGGCUAGGGGACCAAAGCUUGCCCAUCGGUGCUUGGCAGUUAAUGAGGCAUGCAAUUGAAAACAUGUUUUGUUACUGACACUGGAGGCUAAGAAGUAAGACUCCAAGCUGUGAUAGAACUACAACUGCUAUGAUACCAAACUCCAUCCCUCCAGAUGUUUCUGAACUAUAACUCCCAUGACUAACAGCCUGUCUAUUUCAUUUCUAGAAUUAUGGGAGUUGUGGUUCAGCAACAUAUCGAGGUCCAGAGUUUGGGGAAGCCUGCCUUAGGUUGUUAGAAUGUUAUGGAUGGAACCUACAACCUCUGGUACCCACCUCCUUGACUUUUAGGGCAUCUGUCCAUCCCAACUGCUUUCCAAAACAAGGGGCGAGCUUUGUUAAAGCUGCCUUUUAAAACCUGUCAAAACAACCACACUAUACUAAAACAUUUAACCUGUUCUGAUGUUUGCAUGCAUAUUACUUGAACAGUCUUCAAUAGAACACCAAUAAAACAAUGAGCCAUUAAUUGUGAUAGGCAAACAUGCCAUAGUCUGGAGUACUUUGAGGAUGGGAAGUUGGUCAUACUAUGAAAUGAUUCAUCUUCAGUAACUGGCUCUGUGACAUUGCUUUGCUGGCAUACAUUGGGGAUUAAAUGGGUGGAGUAGGACAAGGUUUUGAUUUAUAUAAAGGCGAUGUGAAACGUGGCUAAUUUCUUCCAAUCCAUUCCUUACUUGAGGGGGAAAAAACUGGUGUAAAAUGUGUUGGGUCUUUAAAAAAAUAAAAAAUUAUUUAUUAUUGUAAGUAUGAAGCAUGGUGAGGAAUCUCAUCAUACUGGCUGUUUUAUGUCAAUAAUGUAAAAUUUUACAAAUGUUGUGCUGUGAUGGUUCAUCUAGUGAUCAGUGUACUACGGUGUGAUGGGAGUUGUAGAACCCUGUCUAUAUUGGUUACCCAUGCAUUAAAAUGUUUACUGUGCUGGUUACUAGUUUUCACUGAGCCUCCUGCAUUUCUGGCACGUUUUCUUGACUAUCAGUGGGCUACUUUGUGACCUCUUUACAGAGGUCGUGCUACUCUGAAGAGGUGAGUCAGGUACUCCGAAGGUUGUGCUUAAUAGCACCUUCUGACUGGCUGCUACAUUGGGAGUGUUGGGAUUGCAUGGCUCUGACCUAUGUUUGACUUGGGUUACAGUUUUUCUUUAGUGACGUCUGCUGAUCUAGUGGUAUUUCGCCAGUUUGCUUGCUAAAUACACAUUUACAGAUUGCUUUAUUGGUUCUACUAACACUGAACAGUAGAAUCUGAUUACCUCUAAAAUACUACUUGAACAAUCCUGUAACUGGAUCAAUGUUCUUACUUCAUUUAUUUAGGGAGCUUUUUGAUUUCCAUACGGUAUUUUUAAUCUGAGGCUGUUUAACAUUAUUUCAAAGGAAAGUGCUGGUUAUAUACUUGGAUAUAGUUAGUGCUUUUUAAAAAGAUUUGUUUAUGAAACUAUCAGUUUGUGGAAGGAAAUCACUUUUCCAACUUAAUAUGAAAACUUGCCUCCCAACGCCCCCAUUUCUUCCUUUAGUCACUCACUUAGAAAAAACACAAAAUAAUUGAGUGAUCUUUUAUCUCCUAUAUAACCGUAACCUCUAUUUGUUCCCUUUUUUCUUUCCUUUUUCUUCUCUUACCUUCUAAUCCUCGAUUACAAACCUUUUCUUCCCAGAAAUUUUUAGGUAUGUCCUGUCUUGCACAAUCUACUGGAAAUGUUUCUUGUAUUCUGGAAAGAUUGUAAAUUCUAGGACUAAAAAUAUUACAUGCUAGAUUUCCCUUUUUCUUGGGUUUAAAGUCUCAAACUGUAACAUAUCAUUUUCAUAGAAUAUACAUUAUUUUGGGUCAAAGAUUAGAAAAAGCACCAUGCACAGCUGAUGACUGAAAUUAAGUCUAGGGAUUUAUAUUUUUAGGUGACUCUUGGCAGUAGUGGAUUUGUGUUGAUGUUAGGGAGUCCAUGGCAUUAAGAUGCUGUUGACUGCAAUGUCAUAUUAGUUUUAGGGAUUCCAAUGUGCAACAUUUUAAGAAAUGAUCAUCCCUGCUCCCCCCACCACUCCAAACCCACACUCCUACUGACAGGUUCUGUUUGUUUAGAUUGAGACUGGAAAGUUAAACUUAUUUAAAAUUUCUGGGAAAUUCCUAAUUUCUCACCUAAAAAUAGAUUUUUAAAGGGAAAGUUAUUGGAGGUAAAACACGUACUUGAAUUUCUAUAAAUGGUCAUCAAUGGCUGCUAUUGGCGUUUAUCCAUAAAUAAUUAAAAUUAAAAAAAAUUAGAAUAUUUAAAACUUCUAUAGACCUUCCUUAAGAAAAACAUAUUUUUGUUUAGGUAAUUUAAAGCUGAAUUGUCUAGAUUAUUUUAUAGCUAACACAGGACUGGGCAAGUUGUGUUUUUUAUACCUAUAUCUCUAUCUCUCUCUUCUCAAUCUAUAGACUGCACUAGGCAUUUAUGCAAAGCCUGCUUGGUUUCUGCUUAUUGUGUGCUUGUGCAUACUUCACAUUUGUCUGACCUUGGCUAAUUUUCAGAAGGUGUGUAGUGGGUUAGGGGCGUCUCCACCAAUCACAGUGCUUAUUUACAGGUAACGCAAAAUUGAUGCAAUGUGGAUAGUGAUGUUGUAACCAAUCUGAAACUAAUCUAAUUGAAGCCAGAAGGAUGACCUGCUAGGAUUAUCCUGCUUGCAUUCAAACACGUAGUUUUAGUUUAUUAUUAAAGUUGGAUUUUUAAACUUAAAGUUCCCACUGGUAUGGCUUUUCUCACAUCCGUAAUUGCUGUCUGCUCAAGUACUAAUCCGGAAUCCCAGAAUGUAGACCAUAUAAAAUCCUGCUUUUGUGCAAUUCAAUGUCUCUGGAUUAUGAUUCCAGUGGGAAACCACUGUAACAUGGCAAAUUAAUCCCAUGACCCAGAAAUAGUGAUGCACAUUUCAAUGCAAUUAAUAUUUUCACUACUUUUAGAACCCUUUGAGUUUUGCACAGAAUGCAAGUAAUUUAAAAGUAAUGCACCCCCCCUCCCAUCGAAUUUCACUUGAUUUGCAUUUCCGAGCCUCAGCAGCUUCCUGGUUACCGUACUGACAGCUAUGCAUCUCUUGUGCAAAUAUUGGCUUUAACCCUGCAACUUAGCUUGUGCCAGUUAAAUGACAUAAUUGACCAGUGGGAAAGAUUAAAAGUCAGGUCACAGUAAAACGGUUGAAUAAUCCAGGGUAUAAAAACACUUUAAACUGCAAAUUUAUAAAAACAAACUUUUUGCUGGGAUCUUGCUUACAUUCUUAUGUAAUUUAUGGGUACAUAAGCAGUGCCUUUACUUUCUAGCAUUUUACAUAACUUUCCGGAUUUGGUUUUUAUGGCAUGAAUAAUGGUCAAAUCUCUGAUUAUCAACUCACAAAUUUACUAAAAAAAUAAAUUUGAAAACUCAUGAAAUCAGUUGUGUUCAACACUAUUACUGGGACCAUUUAAAGUAUGAUCCUUCAAGUGGAGCACUGAUCUAGAUCCAGAUUUAGUGUUUUUGAAUGAAUGUGCUAUAUAAAUUCAUCACUCAGCCUUUUGCCUCUUUAAACCUGUAUGAAUAUGCUCUAUUUAAAAAUAAAUAAAUAAAAAUAAAAGGGCAGUUUAUUCCCAAAACAUACAUACAUUAUCUAAGAAAGACCCUUAUUUCAAAUCACUUGACAUUUCUGGAUAAUUAUUAAAAUUGAAUAUGAAAUUUGUUUUUUAAUUGUGUAAUAGUUUGAGAUUUUUGGUAUUGUAAUGAUUUUAUUACUUUGAAAAAAUUUAGAAAGUUAAUCUAAAUAUAAUAAAUCCUUUAUUAUCUUAGCUUAUCCAACAAUAUUAAAUUGAGGCCUAAGAAUGCUAUAUUCUAAAUUUACAAUGUCAACAUGUUAAGUGGUGAAGAAAAUCACUGCUCCCAACUCAGUCUGGCAUACUUGCCUUUGUUACCUAUGUUAUUGCACUUGACUUUUUUUCUAAUAUUACAGCAUUAUUGAAGUAGCAUUUAUGAAAAAUAUCAUUUCCAGCCACCAUAAGUGUUUAAGAACAUUUAAAGUAAUCUAGUGCUUUUCAUUUCCAAAGCACAGGACUAAAUUUGUUUCAAUUUAAAAAAAAUCCUUGUAUGUUUACUUGGGCAAUAAGCUUGUAUUAAAGAGAGAAUUUGAAAUGGGGGCAUUUCCAAAGCACCACCUAUAAAGGACUCGGAGGAAAAGUGUGGGAUAUUUUGGCCCAAACUAUAGGAUAAACGUGAAUUUCGGACUCUAAGAUCUUUAUUAUCUGGUACAGUAGUACGUGCAGCACUGCAGGGAACUAAUUUAUUUAAUCCCAAAUGUAUCCCUAUGCAAGCACACCAGCUCUUUGGCAGGCCUUCCUUAGCUGUAGAUUUUUUUUUUUUUAGAUUUGCAUAGUGAGAAUUAUGUCUAAAAUGUUGCUAUACUGCCCCAGGAUGUAUAAGGAAUGCUGUCUAACUUGUGAUGAAUCUUUUGUUUGGAACAACCAAAGCUUCUGAAUAUUAAAAUGUUACAUUAUUUUCUAGACAGAGGUUAAAAUACUGUGGUACAGUGUGCUAUGGCAAGAGACCUGUGGCCUUGGUAAAGGAUUUCAGUUAAAGGAUGUAUGGGAUGUGUGGGGAAAAAAAGCAGACCGUUUUGUUUGUAAAUAGACUAACUAUUCAUCUUGUUUUUGGGAAGCUAACUUUUGAGGUUAAAAGGCAGUCUCACUGCUCAAUACUGUCAUUUAAGGUUAAGAACUUUAAGUUCCUAGCCACAUCUCCCCUUGAUGUGACCUACAGUCUCCCUACACAUUUCCUAUAGAGAUCUAAUGUUUAAACUUCAUUUGAAUCUGUUUACGCUCACACAAGAUAAGAAAUUCUAAAUUAAACACACUGAGCAGAUCAGAUUGAAAAUGAAACUUUUUUUUUUCCAUCCGGUCUGUAGGAGUCACUUACAUGGGAGGUGUGGUUAGGGUGGUAUAAACAAAAUAUUUAACACCGAAAUUACAGAUAAUUAAGCAGUGAGACAGCAGGGGCAUCAUCUAUAACUAAAGUUAUUUGGUGCUUGGUAUCCCUUUAAGUAACAUGGUUCACACUAGACCCACAAGGCUAAUGUGGUGUUGUGGUUUAUCUCAACAUUGACAGGGCUAAUAGAAUAAAAUACUAUAUUCAAUUGUAAGGUUAACACAUAAUCAUGGCUAUAGUAGUUCCUAUUGAUCUUUUAUCAAACCCUGCUCGAGUCUUCAUUUCUCUACUGUGACUCAAUUCCUAAAGAUGAUCAUAUUUAUUUGCAGAAUCAGAAAAAUCUUUCAAGAAUGUUUUCAAAGUUGAUCCAGAGACGCACUUUGAGUGCUCUAUAUUGCAACCUCAAUGCACAGAUGAGUUCGGCUGGGGUGGCAGCUACACAGAAACCAGUUGAAGAACCGUUAAACUCAGAAUAUAUAUAUGACCGAGAAGCCAAGUAUGGAGCUCACAACUAUCAUCCUUUACCAGUUGCUCUUGAAAAAGGAGAAGGUUUGGACCUCACUUUGACAUCUUAUUUUCUCCACAGAUUAAGAUUGCACAUUCAACAUUUUGCCAUAUAUAGGCAUCUUUCUCCAGUAAUUCCACAACUCAACAAACCUUAGCAUAGACUGCUUGCCAAAUCCCCACUGGUAUAGGCUGAAAUCUAAUAAACAGACUAAUAUGUAAAAAUUUGGGAAAACUGCUGUUCACAUAACAAUGCCUCUUAGAACAUUUAGGAUAAGCCUGGUCUGCUUUAUGGUGGGACAUUACUUUGUAAUGCAUGUAACACUCUAGAACUAACAGAACAUGCAAUGGCGACAAUAGUGGGCACACAGAACAUACACUAAUAGUAUUCAAAUAAAGAAUGAUUGAUUGGACUGAACAGCUCUUUAACUGCAUAGUGCUUAACCAGUCUCUUCAUCUUCUUAAAGGUAUAUAUGUGUGGGACGUAGAAGGCAGAAGGUAUUUUGACUUCCUGAGUGCUUACAGUGCUGUCAAUCAAGGCCACUGCCAUCCAAAGAUAAUCAAUGCUUUGAAGACUCAGGCAGAAAAGCUGACCCUCACCUCUAGGGCUUUCUACAACGAUGUGCUUGGAGAAUACAAUGAAUACAUAACAAAGCUGUUCAACUACAACAAAGUGUUACCAAUGAACACAGGUAUAAAAUAUGUAGGACUGGAAGGUUUCUGGUGACCAUUUAAUGUGAGCCUAAACAAAGUUUUUUUUUUUUUUUUCUCUUGCUGUCCAGGUGAAUGAUCUCAUUGCGAUGUUGAGCCAGCAGGGUUUUGUAACUUCUAAAUUCUGUAUUUUUCAGUAACUUAAUACAGCAGGCCCCUCACCCACUGCCCAAAUAUAAUGGGAUCCACUGGUCCAUGUGGAGUAGUUAAUUCCUUUCUAUGUGGCAUGCUUUAGGGUCCCUAGAUUAAUAUAAUCUAUCUAAACACUGCUUGCUUAUUCUGCAGUGCUGUGCAUUUUGGCAGAUAGAUACACUACAAGCAUCUGGCUCGAUGCAAACUGGCAUCUUAAUGAAACUAUUAACUAUUUUAAAACCCAUAUAGGUGACAUUCUGGCUUUUUAAAAUUCAAUUCUUGUUUUAGCUAAAAUCUACAGGAAUAACCUAUUGCUGGUGGUUCUCUGAAGGCAGUUAGCAGUGGUUGUGGAGUCUUUUUACAGAAUAAAUAUGCUGAUUCAGUAACUAUGUGGUGCAACUAGAAUUGCUUACCUUAUUUCCACUCUUCUAGCUGAAAGUUCUGUAGAUUCUAACUGGACAUCUGAGAAUGACAUAUGAUCAAAAUUGGUAAACCACUUGUUGAAAUGACUGCCAUUACUGGCAUUGUAAACUUGGGAUUUACAGUCCACAAGAGAUCCUCUGUUUUGAUAUGCAUUAAUUUUAUUUUUUAUACAAAUCCACAACUCUACCAACAGACCUGUGAUCACCAUGUUUUAAUAAAGCUAGCUAUGACGAAGUCUGCUGAUUUCUGCUGUUAGAUUGAUUUACAGUUUAAAAAUUUAGCCAGAUUUUCUUAAACCUAAUUAUUUUUUUUUUUUUAGGUGUUGAAGGUGGAGAGACUGCUUGCAAGCUGGCUCGGAAGUGGGCAUAUACCGUGAAGGGUGUUCCAAAAUACAGGGCACAGAUUGUUUUUGCAGGUAAAGUCAAUACAUUGUACUAACAUUGUCUGUGCUUUAGAUUUUGUUACCAUGAAUACCUUGAGGCUUCUCCUAUUUCAGUUGCAGCAUAGUACAUAUAAAAUGCUCAACGUUUUCAACAAGACUGGUUUAAUACUGACCACAUUUGUAAAUUUUGCGGUUUUUGCAAACGUUUGCACAACUUAUGUUUUCAUUAUUUAGAACUGAUUUUUUUAAAAAUAUUUUUUGAAACUUGCCACAGUGUAUGCUAAAUCACUGGAAAAAAUGUUAAUGGGUAAAGGGGACACAAUGAAUUAUACUGCAAUGUUUAACCGUUUGUGUACCUUCUUUAAACUCGGGCAAAAGUCUGCCUGUACGUGUUUUUAAUGGUGACUUUUCCAUUUUCAGCUGGCAACUUCUGGGGAAGAACAAUGUCUGCAAUAUCAAGCUCCACAGACCCCUCCAGCUAUGAGGGAUUUGGGCCAUUUAUGCCUGGAUUUAAAAUAAUUCCUUACAAUGAUCUUCCUGCUCUUGAGGUAAACUUUAAAAACAAAAAUAAACAUUUUGUAAGAUUGUAUUAAACUUCAUGCAUUCAUUAUGCAAAAACACAAGGGAAAAUACUUUUAGUAUUAGUUUACCCCAAGAGUUGUUCCAUUUGUGAGUGGAACUCCUAUAAAAGCUGGUAUGUUGACUUUAAGCCUUUUUUGAACAGUCUGCUUUAACUUUGCGACGCAGGUUGUUUUUGGGGAUCGGGGUCCAGCUGUGCAUGUGUAGAACAUCUUGCUUCCCACUGUGGAGCCAUCUGUAAAGUUGUCUAAUCGGGAGGUUCUGACAUACUUCUACCUUGGGGAACUAAAAAUUAUUUCUCAAAAUAAGAAAUACUGAUGAAUAGCCAGUAGAGAUGUGCCUGUUCACCAGGAAACAUUCAAGAGUUGUGUAUUCCUACUUCCUUUUAGACCCAUCUUGCAUAUACUUAAUUGUAUCUCCCUUCUACAGCGUGCUCUGCAGGACCCCAACGUAGCUGCAUUCAUGGUUGAGCCAAUUCAGGGUGAAGCAGGUGUAGUUGUUCCUGAUGAAGGCUACCUGACUGGGGUGCGGCAGAUGUGCACAGCACAUAAUGUAAGUGUUAAAACUGUAUACAUUGUACAGCAUGGAAAUGAACUCUAGAAAUGGUCACUCAAACUCCCUUGCAUUGUCUAUUUAUAUAUUUUUAUUUUUCUAGGUUCUGUUCAUUGCUGAUGAAGUUCAGACUGGAUUGGCUAGAACUGGCAAAAUGCUUGCUGUGGACCACGAAAAUGUUCGCCCAGACAUUUUGAUACUUGGAAAAGCUUUGUCCGGAGGAACAUACCCUGUAAUUAUGCUUUUGGGGGGAAAUGGAAAUUACAUGUGAAACUUUUUAUAACAUUUGGCAGUGUACAAAUUUUAAAUCCAUGUACUCCCACCCAUUUCAGCCCCAAUAAAUGUAAUCAGACCCCCUUGGUUUUAGGUCUCUGCUGUUCUGUGUGAUGAUGAGGUGAUGCUGACCAUUAAACCAGGUGAACAUGGAUCAACCUACGGAGGCAAUCCUGUUGCAUGCCGUGUGGCCAUGGCAGCUCUGGAGGUAGGUUAUAAGUCCUGUAUUGGCGAAAUAUAGCUAGGGUUGAACAAGCGAUUCAUGUACUGGCAAAGGGAGGCUCUCCCGCUACCCCCUUCCAUGCCUCUAGUAAGUGCAAAAUACUAAAUAUAUGAUGGAACUGUAUUUUUGAAUAGCAGAUAUAGCACAAAGACAACUCUGAUUAUGAGAAUUGGUUAUUGUAUGCAUGGAAAUAAUUGAGGCCAAGAGGUUGAUAAGGUACAGCCAAAUAUUGGUCAAUCCCUGUGCGAUGUUAAACCUUGUAAUUAACCAUGAGAAAAUAGAGGUUUAUGAAGGGACAAGGCAAAGUGUUGGAGCAAAUGUGAGAAUAAUCUUAAGUGCAGAGACACUUUUUUUUUUAAAGGCAAAAGGCAGAGGCCGAUUAUGUUAUGUGUACAUGCGCCUACGCAGAGGCAAAAUAUACUAGAGCACAUUAUCCAUCCGUGGUACAUAGCGAACAUGCUAACUCAGUUUUCGUGCAUGAUGCGCUAUCUGUCUAGCAUAUGUUUGGGUUAAUAGAAACGUCAGGCUAGUUACAAUUUAAAUCGGUAUUUACGCAUGGGUUUGUAUAUCAAGGUAUGGAUGUAGGAUGGGUGCAUUAUGUAUUAAUCCAGCACGUGUGGAUGGGGCUUUGCCUGUCUGGGUAGAUGCGUCUAUGUGCCUAUUUUGUGUAUUAGGUUCCUGCUAGAGCUUCCAAUGUGCAACUGUGGGAGCGUGGCAUUGUGAUCUAGGUUUAGGUGCCAAUCCUUGAGCCUGCUGCUUUAAACAAAUACUGUUCAUUACAGUAUUGUCAUGUAGCCAUGCAUGCGAUGUAUGUCAUGUCCAUUGACCAUAAACUUUAGCCGAUAAGGAUAUCGGAUUUCGAAUGUGCUGGUGUUUGUGUGGACUCGCUCAUGAGGCGUCUUUCCUGACUGGAAGAGUUUUUGUAUAUUGUGUAUUACUCAGUGAGCAUAGUCCUUUCUAAGUUACAGUGUAAGCAUGGUAACAUACAUUAUAUAUCGUGUCCGUCUGGCUAUCAAGGCUGAAAUAAUAAAUGGCAUUAAGCUUGUGCACUUGGGGCACUAUAACAUAAACAGUGUAUACAUUUUUUGAGCCAUGUAUAGAUUACUUAAUUAAAUAACAGUGAAACUGUGCAUUUCUAACUUAAUUGCUAAAUUUGAGCUAUUUUUGCAGAUUAAGGCCCCUGAUUUUUAAUUACAGGCAUAGUCUUACAAAUAUGUACCUUACUGAAAGUUUGCAUGGGUUCAAUCUUUAAAUAUUUAGCAAUUAUGAUAUCUACGCCAACAUAUAGAGCAUCUAAAUAGGCAGAGUAUGCUAUAAAUAUAAUUCAACAUGGCAUGUACUUUUGUUUUCAUGCCUGGGUAUAAACACGUAAGUAUUAACAAUCUUAGGUAAUGCCUGAAGUAUAGUGGUUUUUAUAAAAUGAAGAAUUUUUUUUUCUAAGGUCCCUUCGCUGGGGGAGACCUCGCAGCGCGGAAUCCACAGUCUGAGCGGCACCGCUCUGUCUCCCUCAGGUGCAACUUUCAUGUUAGCUUAUCCGAAGUAUGGAUGUUUGCGGUGGGCAGGUUGAACCCGCCCAGGCCAUCCCAGUCCGGCAGACCCCCCUCUUUUUUCCCCCAAGGCAGUUCCUUGGGUCCACAUAGGGCUCCGCUGCGCUGUGGGCACUUGGAGAUGUUGGCAGUCCAGCGGUCCCCCCCUGCACCUCCCCAAACCCAGCAGAGCCCCUCUGGAGUUCCAGCCUAGUCAUGUCUCACCCGCCUCCGGUCUCAUACUUGAUGCCGGCACAUCCGCCAGGGGUCUGCAACUCUGCGUCACAGGGCUCACAGAAGUGGGGGACACUUUCUCCAGGACCACCCUUAAAUCCUGGAGUCUGGGCCGGCUCUGUCGACCGGUGUGCCGCCUGGGGGUGUCCAUUCACGGGUUCCGCUGCUCCACGGGCCGAGGCGUCCCAGCGCGGGCCCCUGGCACUAGCAUGCAUAGUGUUCCAUGUCACCAAUUGUGGUGUCCCCGGCAACCUAUGGCUGGGUGCCCAGAGUUUUGCCAUCGCUGGUCUAGGUAUUAAAAUCUCAACUUCUUAAUCCCUCCACUCUGCAACCCCAUCCUAUACAAUUCUGUUUUCGUUACUUGAAAGGAUAGUCGAUCAACCUAUCACAUCUUGUCUUGCGCUACUUAAUCGCAUGGAGUUUAGAUGGUGACCACAGUAAUUUACAAAAACACAAAGCUUAAUGUAACCAACUUCUUAUAAAAUCUGAAGAUAUUUUACUAGCAUGCCAUAGCUAUAGGGGUCCCCCCUAUUGGUAUUGAGGGCACCACUCAGGGGUGGGGGCUGGUGGAAGGACAACAGGUCCCCCUUAUUCUACUUUAGGCCCCCACUUGCCAGUCAGGAGGGGGACACUUAAGUUUUUUACGGUUUACUAGACAUGCCCCUACUCGCAGUACGGCGAGUAGGGGCAGAAUUUACUAAGUAAUUUUUACUUUGUUUUAGUAAAUUUGACUGAGACCAAUUUAGGUCUUUCAGCCUUUUGGUAGAUAGCUCCCUAAUACUGUGGGAAUUAGGGAGUUAUCUACUAAGCGGCUGCAAGAGAACAUUCGAAGUUCCGAACCUAAUUUCCUCAUGCGUCCACCUAGUCCUCCUUUAAUACCUUCAUAAGUCAUAUUCGGCAAGACUAAUUUUCCUUAGUAGGGAAUUAGGUGCUCCAGGCUGUCUUUUGAUUCACCCACUCUUCUUGGAUUAUCCACUCUUCCCAUGGAUACUGCCACUAAAUGCUUGAAAGAGUUUUACUUGCCCUAAAUUUUCCUUAAAAUAGUGGCAGUACAGAACUCCCUCUCUGCUUUUUGUUAUAUAUUUUUGUAGCAUUUGGCAUCUGUAAUUUCUUAUGACUAAAGUGGCUGUGUGGGUAUUGGCAUUUUAAGGUAUGAGUGGAAGAAGUGAAUUGUUUUUUCCCAGGUUACUUGUCCAGCAUAAGAACUAACAUCCUGUGGGUAGUGCCACUAUAUUAGAAAAAAAUAAAUUUACAGUAACUAAAAUUUGCUUUCUCACAUAUAAUGGUCUACACCCUCUCUUGUCUCCUAUGCGCUCUCCUGGCUAGCUGUGUGUAGUUAAAGCAUUGCCAUGUUUAGUGGCUUCUGAUUUUAAACAGUUUGACUAAUGUGUGAACCUAAUUUCCAAGUUGCUUUUCUCAAGACUUUUGUAUAGUCCUAAAUCAGAUUCUAAUGGGGAAAAUACUUUUAUUGUAACCAAAACUUUGUAAAUUGGUUCUGCUAUUAGGUCAUUGAAGAAGAGAACCUGGCUGAAAAUGCAAGAUUAAUGGGAGAUAUAUUGAGAGCAGAGCUGAUGAAGACUCCAAAUGACAUUAUUACACAUGUACGAGGAAAGGGGUUGCUGAACGCCAUUGUUGUGAAACAAAGUCAAGGUAAGACUUUCUACUACUAGAUCUAUUUCAGACUGUUGUGCCUAUUUGAUCCAUGAAAAGCUUUGAACAAAAUUAAAUUUUUUGUAAAUUUUGACACCCUUCCAUAAGACCUCUAAUGCUUCUUGUACAACUGGCUUCCUCUAAGUGGGUUACAUGAUGUUAUGUGAUAUAGAAUAUGUGAACAAAGUGUGGUAAACUGCACCAAAUAAGGUGAAUAAUUUCAACUACAAUAUUGUCUUCAAUAAUUAAAAUACUUAAUUUAAAAAAAAAAAUUUAGGUCUCUUUUGGUAAUCUUUGGAGGACCUCAAAGAAAUAUACAAAAAAUAGUGCAGUUUGUCAACUGUGUAAAAAGUGAAAUGAGGUUUUACAAAGUGCCAACUCGCACUUUAGAGAGCUGAGAGCUCUGCUGGUAGACGCCUGAACAGUAUAAUCCCAUUUGGCCUUACAUGCAGCUCCCCAUGCAAUGAGCACUCCCCCCUCGACUACAGUAAAAACACACUAUUACAUUGGCUCUCGGGUCCAGGAUACUCGCAUACAAAAUGGUUCAAUCCUUCCCCUGUGCCUUGGAGAUAAGAGUCAGCACUAUAUUAAACUCGACUAUCUCCAGGCACAAAACACAAAUAUUUUACAUAACCCCCACAUGUUACAUCCAGCAUAUCCAAAAAUCACCCAGUACGGUUCAGGAAUUUCCUGGAAGUCAUAAUUUGACCGACCGCACGCAUGGUCCCAUGCCCAAAACAGUUCCAGAGAAUCAGGGCUUGCGGUUGGUCUAGUUUGAUAAUUUAAAAACCGAACAUAGUCAAUGUUCUUACCCUGGAGCUUGUUCACCUUGUUCGUGGGAACGUUUCCACUGAACAGUGCCCUUCUAAGUUGUGUAGAACCGAAUGCUGGUGAUCCUGGAAUUCCAGCGGUGUUCGGGAGUUUCAGUAUCCGAAAACUGUCCUAUGAACCCUACAACCAAACACCGCUGCCUGCAUUCACGGGAACAAGAUGGCUGCCACCUCGUGGUCCCUCAUGCUAUAUGAACACUUGUAACACUGCAGUGGGAAGUGUUACAAAUGGUCAAUUCAGAUGAACAAGUUCCUGAGUGGUCUCUGGUUCAUGCGACUGGUCAGGAACCAAACCAUAUAAUCCCAGUUGCACAAACAGCCUUUUUUUAAAGUAUGUUUAGCCAGGUCUAUUGCAUGGGGCCAUAGUCCUGAGGCUGGCAAGCAGGCCUCCCCAAGAACACGUGACUAUGUUCAGUUUUUCACAACCCAAUGGUAUAGUAUAUCAAAUAUUUAAAUACAAGUAAAGUAAGAUCGUACAGAGCAAUAACUUACUCUGGGAUAUGAAAGGUCUGGAUCUGAAGCAGCAACAGGAUAUAGAUGAAGAGUGGAAUAAAAUAUACUGGAACUAAAGCUAUAUUAAAAUAUAAGCUUUAUUAGUAUAAAAACAAAAUGAAACUAGUGACAGAAGUGACUUUGGAUACUUGUUUUUUUUUUUUUUAUACUAAUAAAGCUCAUAUUUUAUUCCACUCUUAAUCUAAAUCCUGCUGCUUCAGAUUCAGACACUUCAUAUCCCAAGUGGGAAUUAUACCACCAGAGCAAGGACUUGCUCUGGAUAUUGUAAGUGGAAUACGGUCUUACUCUACUCAUAUUUAAAUAUUCAAUAUACUAUACCAUUGGGUUAUUUUUGUGUUGUAUCUCCUCUACAUAACUAAUGAACACGGAGAGGCUACUGCACUAACAAUUAACAUAUCCUUAAAUGGGGAUUAUACCGUCCAGGCAUUUACCAGCAGAGCUCUCAGUAGCUCUCUAAAGUGAGUUGGCACUUUGUCAACUGUGUAGAAAGUGAAAUGAAGUUUUACAAACUACACUUUUUUGUAUUUCUCUGAGGUCCUCCAAAGAUUUUUAUUACAAAGGACCUCUAAAGAGUGUAUGUAUAAAUUUUGUAAAUUGGCGUUAGAAUUGAACACAAUAAUGUAGUUGAAAUGAUUCACAUUAUUUGGUGCGGUUUACCACUCAGGCAGGGUUGUGUAUCCCUGCUGGUUCACUGCUGCCCAUUAUCUCUUUAUAGCGAGCACCUAUUCUGCAUUUUUUAAAAGUGAUAUAGAAUAUGUAUAUCGGUUGUUGAUCAAAGGAAAAUUUCUGAUGUCAUUAUGAAGUCAAGAAGUAAUUGGCUAUUUAAAGUCCUCCCGUUGUGGAUCAACAGCUUAAAAAAAGUUUAAUUUUUAGGGACCACAUAGGUGCCCAGACCUCUUCUCUUUGAAGUGUGUGUGUGGUGUCCACUGUCCCAUUACCUUGCAAUGUAAAUCAUUGCAGUUUCAGAGAAAUGUUACUAAGCAAAUUGUUAUGAUCAACAUCUGUUUCAUAGUCUGGAAUGCUUGCAAACCAUUCUUGGAUACACACCAUACACUUUUUAGGCAUACCGUGGCACAAUUUAGUGAAUCCUAUUUAUCUGCUAGACGUGUGAACUGGAUCUCGCUCUUGGUAACCUUAGAACUGUAAUUAAACAUAAUAUCCACUUAGUGGGCCUAAACUAGCCACUUUAAAUUGUAACCAUUUUGUUACCAUUUGAUAAGUGUUACUGUAGAAAUGUAUAUGGCACAAUUUUAGUGUCCAGUAUUAACACCAUUAAGAAAUUCGAAAUUAUUUCAGACCCUUUUUUAAGGAAAUAAAUUUCUCUCCACUUUUUCUAAACCUUUGUUGCAACAUUUGUUUACAUCACAUUUUCCUGGAACAUGCAUAGCUGUCGGACCACAUGUUUCCUGUAAAGUUUGGUUUAUUCUGAUGACAUUCUAUGCAGUUUUUCUAGAAAUGAAAUACAAACUAGUGCAAACAUAGACAAUACAUGUACAGAAAUUUUACUUUUUUAAGGUGUUGUGCCACUUUAUAAAAUUUAUAAAAUGUCUGACUUUUAGAGCUUUAUUGGCACUUCUUGAAUAAUCCUAGAUUCUGUAGCAAAACAGGUUUUAUUUAUCUACAUUUAGUCAUAACAGUUGGUUGGAGCCCUAGACUAUAUGCAUGACUGUAAAUGCCAGUUUCAGGUUAAUUUGGGAUUUUUUUUUUUCCACUUGAUUAACACACUGUGCUUGCUUCAGAAUGUGAUGCAUGGAAGAUGUGUCUCAGACUGCGUGACAAUGGACUCCUGGCUAAGCCCACUCAUGGAGAUAUCAUCCGACUGGCUCCUCCUCUUACCAUCAAGGAAGAUGAGAUCAGAGAGUGCAUUGAGAUCAUCCACAAGACUAUCCUUUCAUUCUAAGUAACUCACAUGGUGGACAUUCAUCAGACUGCAAUUUCCUUUUAGUUCAUCUAAGUAGGAGUUAGUGCUGUGGCUCCUAGUGACGUGUCUUCAUAGAAUUGAUCAUGCUUGCAUAUAUGGACAUGGAAUUUGCAUAAUUCAUCUGCUGAAAAACAUAUGAACAAUCUGUGGAAUAUCCAUUACUCCAAUGCCAAAAAGAGGGCAUGAAGGGUUGUCUUUAAUUUUCAGUACUUGUAAACUCAAAGCUCAGUGUAACUGAGUGGACACGCUAACUUCUAUAUAGUGUAUAUAGUGCUGUGGGUGUUUAAAAGUAAGAUUUGUAGAUGUUAUUUAAUGCAUAGGUCUGUAUAGCAUAAAUUCAGUAUUCCAAUCUAGGGUUGGUGCAUAAAAUAAAAUUGUUGCAUUACCACUUGACUUUAAAUUAUUUAAACUGUGAAUCUUAAAGGCUAGAACUAAAUGCACUGUUCAUAAGCUGUAUUCCAAACACCAAAGUGCCCCUCUGGACCUUCCUCCCGGCCCCCGGUGGCAUAUAAAGUGUAAAAUACAGCGCAGAAGUCUCUGUGCUGUCGAGGCCC